AUGUCAGACCUCAAAGCAUCCGUUGUCGAGACGAAGAACGGAUUUCACGUCGAGGGUUAUGAGAAGAUCGAGUAUGACUUCACCUUCUUGGAUGGUGUGUUUGAGCUCGAGAACCCCGAGCUCGCCAAAUGUUACGAACGCUGGGGCCGGUGUCUCGCCAUUAUGGACUUGAAUAUCUAUAAUAUCUACGGAUCGCAGAUGCAAAAGUACUUCGACCAUCAUGAUAUGGAACUCAAGAUUCAUAAGACCAUGAUUGGCGAGAAGGCAAAGAGCAUUGAGACGUUUCUCAGCAUCGUAGAUUCGAUGACAGAUUUCGGGAUCAUCCGCAAGGAACCCGUAUUGGUAGUGGGAGGAGGACUGGUCACAGAUGUUGCCGGAUUUGCGUGUGCUGCGUAUCGGCGUAACACGAAUUAUAUCCGUAUCCCAACUACGGUCAUUGGCUUGAUCGACGCAAGCGUUAGCAUCAAGGUCGCAGUCAACUACGGUAAUUACAAGAAUCGUCUUGGGGCUUACCACGCACCCAUCCAUACGUUCUUAGACUUCGGCUUCUUGAAGACUCUUCCAGAAGCACAAGUGAGGAACGGCUUUGCUGAACUGAUCAAGAUCUCGACUUGUGGGCAUCUGCCUACUUUCAACCUUCUUGACAAGUAUUGCGAGAGAUUGAUUCAGACACACUUCGGUCGUAUCGAGGAUAGUGAGUCUGCUGAGAUCCGCAAGGCGGCGGACGAGAUCAACCGCGCCGGCAUCUUUGAGAUGUUGAAGCUAGAGACUCCAAAUCUGCACGAGAUUGGGCUUGACAGGGUGAUUGCCUACGGACACACCUGGUCGCCACUUCACGAGUUGACCCCGGAUGUGCCGCUUCGCCACGGACAUGCCAUCUCGAUUGAUAUGGCCUAUUCCGCGACUCUUGCCAACAGCCGUGGCUUGCUGAACGAUGAUGAGCACAAGCGAUUACUGAAUCUGUUCUCGCGAGCUGGUCUCUCUAUGGAUCACGAGUUGUUCAACGAGGAGAUUCUCGACAAGGCGACCAAGGCGAUCUUGAAGACCAGAGACGGCCUCUUGCGUGCGGCCGUGCCUAACCCGAUCGGAAGCUGCGUGUUCUUGAACGAUGUGACAGCCGAGGAGAUGAACAAGGCCCUGCACCGACACAAGGAGAUCAUGAAGAACUAUCCAAGGAAUGGCGCCGGCAUCGAAGCUUAUGUCGAUUCCAGCGAUACUGGAUACACAUUGAACGAUGUACCGGUUGAGAAGAACAUGAACGGUGGACCGACCGAUCAUGCCGACAAACUCAAUGGCCAUGCGAAGAGCUGCAAGACAGCCAAUGGUUUAGGCAAUGGUCUCGUCAGUGGCCUUCAGGAGGUUAUGGCGAACGGCUAUCCCAAUGGGUACCGCAAUUGAGUGCUGGACCCCAUCAUUGGAGUAAUGAUGCUUGAGAAAACAAGACGAUAUGACAUCCCGAAAAUGUUCAUAUAGUGCCUGUAAAAGCAAUUCCUCAGCUCACAUUAUCGAAAUCAAAUGCAACCUGUCCGCUUAUGCAGUGCUACCUGUGUGAAUACUCAGAAAACUAUUUCUAUGUGUGUAUAUGUGCUCCAUCAGUCGACACCGCAAACUCCUCGCCAUCAAUUAAGACGACCCACGAGAGAGCAGUUUCCUACAGGAGAGUUCUUCUCCGGAACCACGCCACCAAGAGGUGACUGGCAACCAAGGGCAAGGGUGUAAAAUGCUAAUGGUCGUGGCUG